GAACGAUGUCGAUCCCAAGGUUGGAGCUGCAGGCAGCGGUUCUUGGAACCAGACUGAUGAACACUGUCCAGGAGGAGCACAGUGUGGACAUCAGCGAGACGGUGUUGUGGACGGACUCAAAAACGGUGCUGAAAUGGAUCGGCAGCACCCACCGCCGGUACAAGCAGUUUGUUGGCAACCGAGUGGCGGAGAUUUUGGAGUCGUCGAAGAUUUCCCAGUGGAGGUGGGUACCUACAGCUGACAACGCAGCGGAUGAUGCGACGCGGUCGCAGAAUAAGGCGGACCUUAGCCCGGAAUCACGUUGGUUAAGCGGACCCGCAUUUUUGAGGCAGCCAGCGAGCGGCUGGCCGGCGCCUGAGGAGGGAACUAAGCGUGUUCCAGAUGCGCCUGAGGAGGGAACUAAGCGUGUUCCAGAUGCGCCUGGUGAAGAGGAGAUGCCCGGUGAGUUUGCAUUGGUGGCCGCGGAUGAAUUUGCCAUUCCGUUCCAGAGAUUCUCGAGCUUCAGUCGCCUGGUGAGGACCACAGCAUGGGUCUUGAGGUUUGCGCGUUGGUGUCGCAAGCAGAGAAGCGAGAUCGAGGAGUACGGACUCACUGCAUCGGAGUGUGAGGCCGCGGAGAACCUGUUAGUCAGACAGGCCCAGUUGGAGUCGUUCCCCGACGAGAUGAGGUCGGCGGGAUGCGGAAAGGACGUCGCCAGCUCGAGUGAGAUUCGAGGUCUGGCGCCUUACGUGGAUGAACGUGGAGUUCUGCGAGUUUAUGGCAGAGUUGAUGCCGCGCUGUGCAUGCCGUACAGUGCGAGGAGGCCCGUAAUACUGUCACACAGGCACAGUCUUAUGGAAUUGAUUGUGAGGCACUUUCAUGCCCAGAUGAAGCAUCAAAACGUGGAUGCGACGAUUGCUCAGAUUCGGACGAGAUUCUGGGUCACGAAGAUGAGACGAGUGCUGAAGGAAGUAAUCUCGUCGUGCAACGAGUGCAAGUUGCAACGAUCGCGGCCGAUGCCGCCGAUAAUGGGACCCCUACCAGAGGAUCGACUGGAAGCGGGAGGAUGGCCAUUCAAGUACACCGGAUUGGACUACUUUGGGCCACUGCUGGUGACUGUAUCCCGUCACAGAGAGAAGCGUUGGGUCGCCUUGUUCACAUGCUUGACGACAAGGGCGAUUCAUCUGGAGUUGGCGCAUGACCUGUCGACGGAUUCCUGCAUAAUAGCGAUGAGGAACUUCGUCUGCCGUAGAGGACCAGUACAUAGACUGCGGAGUGAUAACGGCAAGAACUUCGUGGGAGCUGACAGGGAGGCCAAGCGAUUUGGAGACGUGUUCGAGACGGAGAGGAUACAGAGUGAGUUGUCCAGCAGAAGCAUUGAAUGGGAUUUCAAUUGCCCAUCGAACCCGUCUGAGGGCGGAGUAUGGGAGCGGAUGGUGCAGUGCGUCAAACGAGUGCUGCGCCAUACCCUGAAGGAAGUUGCGCCGAGGGAUCAUGUGUUGGAGAGUUUCCUGAUCGAGGCGGAGAAUGUAGUCAACUCGCGUCCGCUCACCCACUUGCCGGUGGAUGCGGACCAAGAGGCGCCGUUGACGCCAAAUGAUCUGCUCAAGGGAGCAGCUAACCUGCCGAAUACGCCUGGAUUGGAUGCGGAGCUGCCCAAGGAGGGUUCUACGCGAAAGCAGUGGAGGAUUGCUCGCAUGCUGCGAGACCGUUUCUGGAGGAGGUGGGUCCUGGAGUACCUGCCUACGCUUGUGCGCCGCGAGAAGUGGGGCCGGAGAACGGAGCCCAUCCGCCAGGGCGAUAUGGUCUUCGUCUGCGAUCCUGCCUUGCCCAGACGAGAGUGGCGCAAGGGAAUCGUGGAGGAGGUCUACAGCGGACCUGAUGGAGUCGUCAGAUGCGAUACUGUGCGCGUGAACGACAAUGGCCUAUCUCGGACAAUGUUGCGGCCCGUCUCAAAACUUGCAGUUUUGGAUUUGAGUGAAGCGGUUCUUCACGGGGUCGGGGAUGUCGACGGUCGAACAUUGUAAUCGAUAGGUAGACUAAGUAUUGUAAGAGAAAUCUAGUAUUUGUUAAUUUAUCCGAUCUCGUAUGGAUUUCUUGGCCCUUGAAGUGCGGGCCUACUAAUAUCGGUUUAAUGGAUGCCGCCAUAAAUUGUGCUUCUCAUUGUCUUGUGAAUCGUAGGAGGGCACACUGCGAAUAAAACGAUCGCCCCGAUCGCACCAAUCGAGCGCCACCAGGCGCACGCCGCCCUUAAAGUUCACCC